AUGAAUUUCCUGCUAAUUUUUCUCAUCUCAACCCUCGUCCCGUUUUGCCAAUCAACAGCAAUUCAAAUACGAUUCCAACCGUCACCCCUACCCCAGCGAAAUGUUCAAAAAUUAAUUUUGCUGCAACAAAUCUCAACAUUGUCGGAUGAAUUAUACCAAAAGACGAGUCAUUUAACAAUGCGGCUAAAUCAAUUGAGCAUUUUCUCGAAAAAUGCACAAAGUUUGAAUGUUCCGGAUGAGAAACUUGUUCAAAUUUUGCAGAGUUUGAAAGUUUUGAAGGGCGUUUUUUCGAGUUGAAUAAAGUUUUUGUGAUUUUUUUUCGAGCGGAGCGAGUGUAGACCGCAAGCUUCCGCGUAAGCGGCACUAUCUACCGCGCAGCGGCAAGUUACCCUAACUUUCCAGAUCAGCCAAGGAGCUUGGGAUAGAUUUCCAGAUUUCCAGAUCGAAAAGAAGUUAACAGAACUCCUAAUGAGUUAUGGCAUUAUUCCAAAAACAGCGGUGUCAAAGUUAACCUAACUUUCUAGAUCAGCCAAGAAGCUUGCGAUUUUGAAAUUUCCAGAUCGAAAAGAAGUUAACGUAACUGCUAUAAAUUAUGCCAAUAUUCCAAACUCCCACAAAUUUUCACACCAUGAAAAUUUUUUUACGAUUUUUCAGAUCUCAUAAAAUUCUAGACGCAUACUAUUAAAACCCUCAGAAUUCUUCAGUAAGCAGAAAAACCAUGAAAAUUUUCUUGAUUUUUCUAGCGCUCCUAAAUUUAAAUCUAGUAUUCUCAAAGAAUGGCGAGGAAGGCCGGCCUUUGGUGAAUAUCCAAAAUUUUUUUGAAAAAAAAAUCUGAAAUUUCAGAGGGUCUACAAGCAGCAGCCUGGUUGGAAUUCGGCCCUUUUGGGUAAUAUUUUUGCGGGCCUCGGAAAUGCGUUGGGCGCAAUUGGUGGGCUUGGCGGAGGCCUUGGCGGACUCGGUGGCGCUGGACUUGGUGGAGCUCUGGGUGGAGGCGGAGGGGGAGGAGGUUGUGGAUGUGGUCGAGCUAAUUGCUGUGGUGGGGGUGGCUGUCCGUUUGCUAAUGGCGGAGCUGGAGCUGGAGCAGCCGGAGCUGGAGGAGUCGGAGCUGGAGGAGCCGGAGCUGGAGGAGCAAAUGCUGGAGCUGCAGUUGGAGGCGAUGCUGCAGCUGGGGGUGAUAAUGGAGGUGUUGGACAUUAA